GGUGCGUCACCGUGACGUACAACCCCCGCGCGCCACCCGGGAGCCGCCGGUUACGUCAUCGCGCCCUCGGGUUGGGUUUUCUUUUUUUCUUUUUGCCCCUGAGCAGCCUGAUUGGUGGUCGGCCCCGCUCCUCCCCCGCGUGCUUCCGCGUUGCCGAGGUAACCAGGCGGCAGCGGCGGGGCGCGGGAAGCCGCUCAACAUGGAGGACGUGCACGAGGGCCCGCGGCCGCGCAUCACCACCAGCCAGCUCGCGCAGCACGUGGGACAGCCGGUCUGCUUCGUGGGCCGCAUGCAAAAGAUUCACCCGAGCGGGAAAAUGUUUGUCCUCUCGGACGGCGAAGGCAAGAGCGCCACCGUGGAGCUCAGCGAGCCUUUAGAUGAAGAAAUCUCUGGAGUCCUUGAAGUGGUGGGAAGAGUAACAAAUCAGGCAACUAUCAUGUGUAUGUCAUAUGUCCAGUUCAGAGAAGAUAAAAGCCCUUUUGAUCUUGAGACGUACAAUGAAGCACUAAAAGUAAUCCAGGAAUUUCCUGAAUAUUUCCCAUUUGGUAUUAUAAAAGAAUGAUCAACUCUUUCUGGUACAACUUCAGAAUGGAUGACAGUGGUUUAACCUUGCCAUUUUAGGAAGGCCUAACUUUUUUGCAGUUGAGAUGCUUAAGAGAUGCCUGCUAAAAUGUUUUGGCUGAUUCGUCUGUCUGACAUCAACAUACUGACUUUCGGUGUCAUACUUGCCUUUUUCUGAUCUAUCCUAAAUUCAGUCUGUGUAGUUUUGUUGAAAGCAAUUUUUUACCGAAUUUUGUAUAUGCUUUAUUAAGAUCAUAUCCAGAGAAAUGCUGUAGCAAGUUAAUUUAGUUUCUGGUUAAAAUCGUUUCUACAUGCUUGUCCCCUGCCUGUCUCCUUAUUCAGCAUUUCCCAUUGUUAGAUAUUUAGUUACCAGAAAGUUUAUGAAAAUUAAGCCAUUCUGUGAGAGGGGUAUAAAAGUAUUGUUUAAAACUAGCAUUGUGCCUGAAUAUGAACUUUUGAACUACCUGGCAGUAAAACUUGAUCUUCUGUCUUGGAAACCAGUUACUUUUCCAAUAAAGUGUCAGGCUACAUUUGAA